GAAAGGCAUAUAGUCUGAAGAUAGUUAAUAAAUUUUUACGUGUAUUUACUAUACAAUGCAGCGUAAUUUUCUAUACUUACAGCAACAAGCUAUGGCUCGUCAAGCUCAACAACAAAGAAUUGCAAAUGCUGCCGUUGUUGGUAAUGCUAUUAAUAAUAAUAAUCCAAAUGUUAAUUUUGGAAUGCAAGUACCUGAUCUCAUGAACAAUAUUUGGAUUCAACAGCAAGGAUUACAACAACCAUCAAUUCCAAUGAAUCCUGCUUUAGCAAUACCUCAACAACAACAGCAACAGCAACAAUUAGAAGCUGAGAAUAGAUUAAAACAAGAACAACUUCAGCAACAGCAAAGACUGCAAGCAAUGUAUAUACAGCAAAAGCAGCAGCAGCAGCAACAACAACAACAGCAGCAGCAGCAACAGCAACAGCAACAACAGCAACAACAACAACAACAACAACAACAACAACAACAACAACAACAACAACAGAAACAACCAUUACCUUCUUCUUCUACUCCGGUUCAGCUACCUCAUACUACUAUUGUACAAACUAAGACUCAAGAAAAGAAUUUAAAACAAUACAUAACCCGUGAUCAGCAAUAUCAAAUAAUACUAAAUAAACAACACAAGCAACAUGUCGAUUUAGCACAAGCAAAGAAAAUUGAGAUUGAUGUCGCAAAUAAUGAACGACGAAUCAGACAACAACAUCGAGGGGUUUUAACAUUUGGUAAAGGCUAUGAUGGUUAUGGAAAUGGAAAAACAAGUGCUAGUCAACUUCCACGAAUUAUAUAUCCUGGAGACAAAAAGCGUAAAAGACAUUAUCAGACUGUUCGAGCUCUCUAUGAAACUUCUGUAGAACAAGCUGAUAAAGAAGAGAUGCUAGUCCCUAUUCGAUUAGAUAUUGAAAAUGAAGGUUAUAAAAUUAGGGACACCUUUACUUGGAAUAUGAACGAAACAUCAAUUACGCCUGAACAGUUUGCAGAGAUUACAUGUGAGGAUCUACGUUUACCUGUUUCUAUAUUUGCUUCUCUAAUAUCAAAUAGUAUUCGAGAACAAAUUCAGGAUUAUUUUUUGAACAUAUCAAGCAUGCUAAAUGAUGAUGACCAACAAGAAAGUUUAACUAAAAGAAUGAACGCUUAUGAGGAAUUUAUAAAAUGUAAAAAACAAAAAAUUGAUUCGGAUAAAUCAGAAGAAGAUAAAACGAUAGUUAAGAAUGUGAACAAGACGAAUGAACCAGAUUUGAGAACAAUCAUAAAGCUUGAUAUUAUUGUUGGAAAUAGAAUCUUGAAUGAUCAAUUUGAAUGGGAUAUCAGUUGUAAAGAAAAUUCACCAGAAUCAUUUGCAGAAACGAUGGCUACUGAGCUAGGCUUAGGUGGUGAAUUCAAAACUGCAAUUGCCCAUUCUAUUCGAGAACAAGUCCAUACAUAUAUCAAAUCAUUAUUGCUUACAGGUUAUGAAUUUGGAGAUGGCUUAAUUGAAAAUGAUGAACUGAAGCGUAGCUUUUUACCUGUCGUACAUAACGUGAUUCGUGAUAAUAAUGUCAUUGAAAAGUUCACACCUUCAGUCGUUGAAGCAACUGAUGCCGAGAUUGCUAAAAUAGAGAAAAUCAGAACUAGAGAAUCAAGACGCAAGAGAAGAGGUGUACGCAGUAGAAAGGGAAUAACAUUACCAGACCGUGAGCCUAUACCUACUUAUAGAACUAUAUUUGCAUCACCACUAGAACAUGAACUAACGGACGAUCAAUUCUUAAAAACUCCUCAAGAUUCAACACACAAUCAAAGAAAAAGCGCAUUAAAGGCUAGAAUGAACAUUGCAGCCGAAGCAGCAGGUGUAUCCUUAACAUCAGGCCAAUUAAUAAAUAUUAAUAACAAUGAUAAUACUCAUUAUAAUAAUGCUGGAGCCCAAUCAUCCUCUUCAGUUGAUCUUGUAACUCGACCUGUCCCUAGUAAAAUGAUGGAUUCUACUUGGCGAUGUUUAGACUGUGGCUGUUCACCAUUUAUGACGACGAUCAUUCGAUCAGGACCUUCAGGGGAUAACACAUUAUGUAAUGCAUGUGGAUUAUAUAGACAUAGAUAUAAUACAGUUCGUCCACCUAAUUAUAUAGACAAAGAAAUUAAAAAUGAUAUACCUUAUCUUAAUGACUGGCAAAAUUAUAUGACAAGAUAUAAAGCACAAUAAUAUUAAAUCUAGAUAUGUAAAACUUAUCUUAUUAACCUUUUUUCCCUUUUCAGUGAAUAAUAACGUAUGAAAAGCAUGUAUAUAUAAAUAAAUAUAUGUUUACAUAUUAGUCCAAAAAAAAAA